AUGAGAAACAUGAGCAAUAUUCAAACAGUAGAUUCUGCAGAUUAUCAUGCUGAAAAAUACACCCUCCAGAAUUGUAGACUCUGGGUUUUACUGGUUAAAGAUGAAAGACAAGAGAUUUCACCAAUGAUGAGAGAAAAAAAGUCCAAAGAAAGGAUUGAAAAUGAUAUAAAGGAACUUGAAGAAACGUUUCAUUGGACAUUUGGUGAAAGUGUUGACCUGGAGAAAAUAACCAUCGAUAGAAUGACUACGAAAAGUGUCCUCGAGGAAAGACUUAAAGAAAGUGCUAAAUUAAUUCCUAAUGAAGUAGGAGUAUUCCUCUGCGUAUUUCUCGGCUUUGGCAGGUCACAAUAUAUUUUACUCCCAAAGAAAGAAAACAAGGAAGAAAUGGAAAAAAUGGAUUUUUCAGAUGUGAUCAAACCAUUCAAUGGAGAGAAUUGUACAGCUUUAGUGAUGAAACCAAAACUGUUUUUUGUUCAGGCGGAGACAAUAGAUCCUGUCAAACCUUGUAGUGCCCUUUUUAGUGGUAAUGCAAAAGAGGCUGAAUUAUUCAGGAUUCCAAUUCAUGCUGAUAUUUUUGUGAACUUUUCCUCAGAACUUGCAGGAAAGGAUUGGAAUCAGGUUCUGAUUCCUGGGGAAAAGGAGGGCAGUGAAAAUGUCAUGUCCAGGUAUGUAAAGUUGCUGUGCUCCGAGGUAAAAGAACUUACAUCACGCGUUGAAAUACAACAGAUGGUAACUAGGAUCAAUUAUAAGAUUCAAAAAGAAAUUUCAGAACUGAAAAAGAAGCCUAGUAGUACAGAGGAUCUUUUACCAUUAACAACAAGCCAGCUGACGAAAAGUCUCUUUCUGUUUGAGGCAUCCAUGAAAAAUACUGUCCCUCAGUGA